AAAAUAUAGCGCACAGUAUGUACUUUAUAUGUGCAGGUUGAUCAAUUUAGCGAUGGACCGUCUCGUCCCUUUUGCCGGGGCAGCAGCUUAACAUGAUUCACAUGAAGGGACUGUGUGUGGAGAGGUGGGAGGGGCGGAGCAGGCGCUUGGGCUUGCAGUGCCAGCCCUCUAACACUCACCUAUUGCACUGAGGCCAGGCAGGAGGUUCGGGUUCAGUGGCUCCGGCACUGAGGGAAACUAGGGGAAUUUUCACUAAAGAGCGUCUCCCCCUCGCCGCCUUGGUAGACUCCAGGAAAGUGAGGGAAAGCCGGAGUGGGGUUGUUAGUGCGGGACUAGCCGCUGCUACAAACUGAUUCCUGGACUUGUGUGCGCCGAGGGGGCAGCUCUAACUCCGCACUUCGCUUUGGCUGCGGACACCUGGGAAACUACUUCACGGAGUUGAUUUAUUUUCUCACCAUGGGACUGUAUGUGGGAACCCUGGUUAUUUAGCCCGGUAUAAGGACAAAGCGAACAGCAGGAGGGACCGGUUAUAUUAUCUAUUGGGACUAGUAUUAUCUGUAUUAUCACAGACAGACUUUAAGCCAAACUAUCCCAACUGAAGAGCGUCUUUUUCUUUAAUAAGCCCGGCAGUUUGACAGUGAGUGAGCCGGACUGCUCCAUUGGUGACAGCGCAAGGGGUGCCUGUCACCUCCUCACACUGGGGGGAACUUACUGUACUUAUAUCCCUGCGCCGGCCUGAAGCGAGAAGAUGUAUGUGCCCUCCGCCGGGGAAAGCAUGAUCCUGUUACUGGGAUUUCUGUUAGCUGCUUGCCAAGCCCUGGAGAACACAACCAGCCAGCUCAGUGAUCCUCCAGUAGCAGCUGCUGUAAGAUCUCACUUUAAUGAUUGCCCCGUCUCUCACAGCAAUUACUGCUUCCAUGGAACUUGCAGGUUUAUAGUGCAAGAAGAUCUACCAGCCUGUGUAUGCCAGCCUGGGUUUGUUGGUACCCGCUGUGAACAUGCCGACCUCUUAGCGGUGGUAGCCGCCAAUAAUAAGAAGCAAACAAUCACCGCUCUGGUGGUGGUGUCUAUUGUUGCAACAGCUGUUCUUAUUGGAACAUGCAUGUUAAUACACUGCUGCAGAAUUAGAAAGCAGUGCCAGUGGUGCCGGGCUGUGUUCUGUCAGCAUGAGAAGCCUGGCAGUUUCUUAAAAGGUGGGGUUUCAUGCUGCAAAUCUGAGACAGUGGUCUGAGAGAGAGAGCGCUGCAUCAGAUCAGGGCAUCUCCCCAGCAGGAUAGACUCCAAAGACCAUCUCAGGCAAGGAAGACCCUGCUCAACUCCUGAUCUCUGACUAAAACCCGAGCUGCAGCUCCUUACUCGGACGCAAGUUGCAGCCGGCACUGCGUUCCCUUCCCGAGGCAUGGAAACCCUGCCCAAUAUGUCCUGCAAAAUGUGAAGCAGAGGAGCACAGUGACAGACUAGAUCUCCAUAUAUAAUGGGAUUCCAAACACUCUGGAUCUUAAACUGCGUCCAGCGACGGAGGAACGUGUCAUGUGACCAGUUCUGACUCUAAUUUGUUACAGAAGCAUCUGCUCUGGGUUCAGUUGUUACUACCAUAAUUCUUUGCUGCCAAAGAGGGCUACCAUAGCAUUGCAGGCAGCCUUGGCAAUAAAAAACACAAGCUUACUGUUCAUUCUUAUUUAAUAUUAAAGACUGAGAAAGUCACGCUUGGGACAGACCAUUCUCUUAUAAACCAUGCUGCUGGCAUUUCAGUGUAUUUAUAGGAACAGCCUGGUAUUUUUCGCAGGAGGAGAGACUCCAUAUGUGUUAAACCCUUUCGCGCAUCUGGCCUUGAGGAUAAACAAUUUUAUUAGUCUUUAAACCACAGAUUACCUUUACAGUGCAUUAUUUCUCAUCUUCUUCUUAUUGGCAUUUUUUAUUUUUUACUGGAGUUUCAAUAAGGAAUGCAAAAUAUAAUAUCUAUAAUAUAUAUAGCCUAUUCAACUGCACUAAAAUACAUGUGUAUGUAUUACAGAUUAUUGCAGUGAAGGCACCUUUCUAUUGGGUUUUAGACCACACCUUCCAAUGCCUAUCAGUAAGUGCAGGAAGGACACAUCUGUGUCAGAAUGCUCCUCAAUUGCAUCUACUCUUUAUAUGAUCAAGAUUUGGAAUACUGCCUACAGUUGGGAUUAUUGCCAUGGAUACAACAGAAUGGUUCAAAUUGCUCUUAUUAAAUGACAGUUUUGGAAUGUUACAUGUGAUAGGGCAGAGAAGGCAAGCAAGUUUGGGGAAUGCAAAACAAAUGAGAUGUUUCUUGAUGGAAUAGUAGAACGUUAUGGAAAUAGAGCUAUUAUUAAGUAAAAUGUGGCACUUGGUUUCCAAAUUCCUUGGAUAAUUAACAUGCUACAAAUGGGGAAAAUAAUACCUUGGAGGUUAUUUUUCAGCACUGGACAAAUUUGCCCAUAGGCAGUAACCCAUGGCAACCCAUCAAAUUGUUGCAUUCAUUGUUCUACCUGCAGCUGGCUAAGAAAAGCCAGUCACUGAUUUUAUGGGUUACCGCACACAGGAGAAUUUUCCUGGUUUUGAGUGAAUCUUAAACCAGUGAUGGAGCAGCUUUUAUUGCUGCAUGUGGUGAAAGCCAAUACAUCCUUGUCCUCACUGACAGGAAUGAAGCACCAUAUAUGUCAGUAAAGGUUGCUCCAUCUAUACACAGCGUCUUUAGUGCCAACUGUUUAUUUAGUACAAUUCCAACCUGUAGCUUUCUCCCUGCAUUCCUAAGAGAUGAGCUAGGACUAUGCCCAUAUUUUAUUGCAGUGAAACUUGCCUUAGCCAGUUCCCUUGGUACCGGUUCAGUUAUUCGCAGCAGCACAAAAAUUAGAAAAGUAAUGAAUCCUGCUGUAUCACACUUGUGACGCAUUUAACAAACCAGACGCUGACCAUGAAACAACUGGGGUUUCCCCAAAAAAUACAAAGAAACUGUUUAUUUUACUUGUACACAACAAAGAAGCUGUAGCACAAAAGAAUGCUAUUAAGUGAUAAUAUGACACCUCUUUAUAUGAUGGCAGGUGUGUUCCUGCAGGAAGGCCACAUCAUAAUGACAAGGCAAUAUAUUUGCAGCUAAUGCAUAAACAACAGCAAAAAUGAUGUUUAAGCCAUUGCUUAUAAUAAGUACUCUUAUCUGUUUAGCUCUAACUUUAUAUAACUCUGUACCCUGUUAAAGAAUAACGGUACUCCAAAAGGUUCCUUUCCCCAGGUAUAUGCUGUGUCAUACUUGGUAUUUAUAGUGCAGAAACUAGUGAAGAGUAUCGCUAUCUGCCUGCUGGAAACUAGUCUUGGCCAAGGCUGCACAUCAACCCUAAAAAUGAAAUGUACCUCCCUCCCUUUCCUUUUUGACAUGUGCCUAUUCAUUUGGGCUUAUAUGAACGUUAUGCACUCUGAACUACCCAAAAUAUAUAUAUUACUUUGCACACCGACAUACCUAAAUACCAUCGGUCCCACGAAAGAUCGUACAAUCGGCCACUAACCGUUCAGGGCUGAAACGGCAGAUAAGGAGGUAGAAACAAUAGGAUUUCUACCUCCUUCUGCCAAUUCAGCCCUGAUGGCAGAUCUUGCUCAGGCGCCUUCUAUGGCGCCCGAUCAAAAUCUUUUAACCUGGCCGAUCGGCGAGUCGACCGAUAUCAGCAGCCUCCUGCGCUAUCGGUCGACUCGCUGACUUGACAUACACGCACCGAAUAUCGUACCAAACUGGGUUUCGUAUGAUAUUAUCGGUGCGUGUAUGGCCAGCUUUAGACUGGCAGAAUCACUUAACCAUUGCUUCAUCUUGUUCCAUGUAGAAGUGAUGGAUAAUGGGACUUGACGUCUCUCUGCUUUUCUUAGAAUCAGUGCACCACCCACUAUGGAAAGCAGGGGGGACUUCAAGUCCCAGUUUCCAUCACUUUAUCAUAGAACAUGGUGUGGGAGGAUAUUAUUGACUUUGCCAGCCUAAAUGGGGCGUGGUAACGAUCCCUGCAAGUCAGGCACAGACUAUCAUGGUUUCCUUUCAAUUUGAGGAUCAAAGUGACCAGUCGGAUACCCCAUAUAUAUAACAGAGCUACAACAUAAUACAAGUAAAAACAUAUGUUUUUAGAAACAAGAUGUUAAAUGUGCAUGUUUAACCUAGAUACGUAAGAACCUGAUGUGACUUGACGUCCCUUUAUACAGACUAAUAUCCAAAUACAAACAUUUUUUGCCAAACCUCUCAGCAGCUGAGAAAUACGGCGACAAUCUCUAACUUUCUAUUUUUGUUUUUACUCUAACCGACCUGACUGUUUGUAGAAAUGGUUACUUUAAUGUAUAUUUUGCACUGAAAAAGAAAAAAAGGUAAUAUUUAAAGUUUUUAAUUUAUUUGUACUCUAAAUUAAUUCCAAUUGUAUCAGUUUGAUUGGCUGGACAAUAGUUAUUUAAAAAGGCUGUAAUAUUAAAGGUUUUUUUUUUAACUCAA